UGAUGGCGGUUGGAAAUUUUCUCAGAACAAAUCCGAAAGGAAGGCGAGGAAGUCACAUAAGAGGUUACAUGCCAUCGGCGUUGUUGUUUACAGUCGUGUAGCUUACUCAUUUUUGGUCCCGGGGAGGGAAUUUUGAGCACGUAUAUGUCGUGAAUGCCGUCCUUUCUUCGUUCAAUAAUAUGUGGGACGGGGACUCUUCGCCGUACGACAACAAUCGGGACGAGGCAGAAGAAGACAGAGUGGACUCAGGCACACAAAGCUUGCGAAGUACAGUGGCCACAUCCCGCUACCUGCGAUAGUAGCUAGCUGGGUUUACCCAAGCCCGAGAAGACGGGGUGACAGUCGAGAGUACAGACCAGACAACCCGGCUGAGAAUUAGGAAGAAAGAUCGUCCGGGAUGAAAUUCACGGAGCACCUCUCGGCUCACAUCACGCCAGAGUGGAGAAAACAAUACAUCCAGUAUGAGGCCUUUAAGGAGAUGCUGUACUCGGCCCAGGACCAGGCUCCGUCCACAGAGGUGACUGAUGAGGACACAGUGAAGCGAUAUUAUGCCAGGUUUGAGGAGAAGUUUUUUCAGAGCUGUGAGAAGGAGCUGGCCAAAAUCAACACCUUCUACUCAGAGAAGCUUGCAGAAGCCCAGCGGCGUUUUGCCACGCUGCAGAACGAGCUGCAGUCGUCUGUAGACGCACAGAGGGAGAGUGCAUCACUUCGCAGACGCAGGAAGCCUGUGUUCCACCUGUCACAUCAGGAGCGCGUCAAACACCGCAACAUCAAAGACCUCCAGCUUGCCUACAGCGAGUUCUACCUGUCCCUCAUCCUGCUGCAGAACUACCAGAAUCUGAAUUUCACGGGCUUCCGGAAGAUUCUGAAGAAGCAUGAUAAGAUCCUGGAGACGGCGCGCGGAGCGGACUGGCGGGUGGCGCACGUGGAGGUGGCUCCGUUCUACACCUGCAAGAAGAUCACCCAGCUCAUCUCCGAGACUGAGGCCCUGGUCACGACAGAGCUGGAGGGGGGGGACAGACAGAAAGCCAUGAAGAGGCUCAGGGUGCCUCCCCUGGGAGCAGCACAGCCCGCUCCGGCCUGGACCACCUUCCGCGUGGGUCUGUACUGCGGAGUCUUCAUCAUCCUCACCAUCGCCUUCCUCCUGAGGGGAACGGUGCAGAAAGACAUGUGGCCGCUGGUGCGGAUCUACCGUGGUGGCUUCCUGUUGAUCCAGUUCCUGUUCCUGUUGGGCAUCAACACGUAUGGCUGGCGCCAGGCCGGGGUGAACCACGUGCUGAUCUUCGAGCUGAACCCCCGAAACAACCUGUCCCACCAGCACCUGUUCGAGAUCGCGGGGUUCCUGGGUGUGCUGUGGUGUAUCAGCAUCCUGUCGUGUCUGUACUUUGAUUCCACCCUGGUGCCCAUGCAGGUGAACCCCCUCAUCCUGUACGGCUUCAUGCUGCUCUUCCUCAUCAACCCCCUCAAGACCUGCUACUACAAGUCCCGCUUCUGGCUGCUGAAGCUGCUGUUCCGUGUGUUCACCGCACCGUUCCACAGGGUGGAGUUUGCAGACUUCUGGUUAGCGGACCAGCUGAACUCGUUGGUGAUGGUGCUGAUGGAUGUGGAGUACCUGGUGUGUUUCUACAGCUUUGAGCUGAACUGGGGCAAACCGGAUGGACUGCUGCAGGACGUCAACAAGAGUGGGCAGGUGUGCCACAGCUAUGCGUACGGGGUGCGGGCGGUGAUCCAGUGUCUGCCGGCCUGGUUCCGCUUCGUACAGUGUCUGCGCCGUUACCAUGACACCAAGCGCGCCUUCCCACACCUCGUCAACGCCGGGAAGUACUCCACCACCUUCUUCACUGUCACCUUCACCGCUCUCUACAAGACCCACAAAGCGGGGAAGCAUGGUGAUGAGAGGGUGUUCUUCUACCUGCUGUUGGUGUUCUCUGUGAUCAGCUCGUGCUACACGCUGAUCUGGGAUCUGAAGAUGGACUGGGGCCUGUUCGACCGCAGCGCUGGGGAGAAUACCUUCCUGCGGGAGGAGAUCGUCUACCCUCAGAAAGCGUAUUACUACUGUGCCAUAGUGGAAGAUGCUGUCCUGCGCUUCGCCUGGACCAUCCCCCUCUCCCUGAGCACGGUCAGCACCGCCAACACCGCCAACACCGCCGACAUCCUCACCACUGUGCUGGCCCCGCUCGAGGUCUUCAGGCGUUUCGUGUGGAACUUCUUCCGCCUGGAGAACGAGCACCUGAAUAACUGUGGCGAGUUUCGGGCGGUGCGUGACAUCUCGGUGGCGCCGAUGAACGCGGACGACCAGACCCUGCUGGAGCAGAUGAUGGACCAGGAGGACGGCGUCAGGAACCGCCUGGGCAAGAAGAGCUGGAAACGCAGCUACAGCAUGUCGCUACGGCGACCGCGCCUCGCCUCGCAGUCCAAGACCCGCGACACCAAGGUGCUGAUCGAGGACACGGACGAUGAGACCUACACCUGAGACCACACCCACUCACCUGCCCGGGACCACACCCACUCACCUGCCCGGGGCCACACCCACUCACCUGCCCGGGACCACACCCACUCACCUGCCCUGGACCACACCCACUCACCUGCCCGGGGCCACACCCACUCACCUGCCCUGGACCACACCCACUCACCUGCCCGGGACCACACCCACUCACCUGCCCUGGACCACACCCACUCACCUGCCCGGGGCCACACCCACUCACCUGCCCGGGACCACACCCACUCACCUGCCCGGGACCACACCCACUCACCUGCCCGGAACACACCCACUCACCUGCCCGGGACCACACCCACUCCGCAGCUGUCCAAUCACAGUCCAGAGAGCUGCAAACACACUCAUGCGCACAAUCGCACUCUUGUACACACACUUACACACUCAAACACAUACACGCUUGUACACACAAUCACACUUGCAUACACGUACAAUCAAGCACUCCCUCACAUGCAUACACAUGCUUAAAUGCACUCACACACACAGACACCGACUCAUGCACACUCAAGUACAAUCAUUCACUCUCUGUCACAUGCGAGCGCACAUACAUACACACACACACACACUCGCACACAUACGCAGGUGUGCAUAUGCACACAAAUCCGACUUCUGGGAUCACUCCUGUUUUUCAUAGAUUUCCUUUUUUAUGUUUAUUUUUUUCUACAUUUUAUUUGACUUAAAAUCUCCAAGUUGAAAUCAAGCGGAAAAGUGCUGGCUUUUCACAAACGUGUGUAUGUGUGUGGAGCUCCACAGUGACGCAGAUGAUUAUAUAAAUGAAGAGAAGAGAGACUGAACUGUAGUUCAGCCACUGAUGGCUGAUUCAUCCUGUUAAAUCCUUUUUCAUUUCGCCGUUGCGCCAUUCAGGAAACAAGCCUUUUCUAUAGAUGUACGGACACCUACUCUACCUGUGAAUAACUAUAUUUUUUUAUGUACGUUGGAGAGUUCAUCUAUGUUUUUUUAUUUUAUUAUCAUUAUUAUUUAUGAUAAGGAGAAUGGCUUGAAUGUCUGUGCAAUGAAUCGGAAGUUUCCCGUUAAAACCGGCCGUUUCGACAGGU